AAGUAUAAUGUAACUUACUACCCACCUCUGCUCUACGCCAUAAUUCAAGAAUAUAAUUGACUAUUAAGUGGUUAAGUACAUUAGUACGAAAAGGUUUCUAAGAAAUGGAAACAAGACGGGCAGAAAUUGGCAGGAGUGAUGAAUUGACCCUGAGGCCAGGGGGAAGUUUGUUUUGAUUUUAUGUCACAACGACCUGCCAUACACAGCCUGCUCUCCUCGAGGUGCGCACGAGGGUAGGUGUGUCUCAUAAAUAAAUGAGUGAGCUAGCCAAAUCCUCGGCUACGCCCCUCUCGCCUGUUCCGCGAGGCGUGACGUCACGUGAACUGCCCGUGUCCGUUCCAGCUGAGCGCGAGAGGCAGAGGACGAUCGGACGUGGACGUCGCGCGGCCCGAACGCAGAUCCCAGCCCGUGCGCCCGUGACUGCAUCCACCGGAUGAGGAAAAAAAAACAGUAGAAACAGAAAGAAGAAACGAGCCGCCCUCCUACUCCUCCUCCUCCUCCUCCUCCUCCCCCUCGCUGACGGACAGCAGAGCGCCACAGCAGAGAAGACAAGCAGCAACACAACUUGUCAUCUGACCAACACACAGCUAUUCCUUUGACCGCUGCUGCUUCUUGUUUGUUUUUCUACAUGCACACUUUUCCUACGAGGUUAUUCUUGCAGUAACGGCGGAAGGAUUUUUUUUUUUUUUGUUGUUGUUGUUGUUUGGUUUUUGUUUCGGGAAAUUUGUUUUUUUUUUUGAGUCCAGGACGAGAAAUUCGGGAUACCGCUUCGCAGUUUUGAGUUGUGACAUUUUGUUUUGCCUCCGCUGUGCGGUUUUAUUGCUAUUUUAUAGACGGUAUCAGCCUGACUGUCCCUCUCACUGCAACGUCUCGAUCUACUCUACAGUUUAAUAACAUCCAAUAACAAUGGAGUACUUUGAAGAGAAUUUUUAUACUAGGAAAUAAGGAUCUCUACAGCAACAACUACAAGCCCGCCAGUAUACUUGUCCUAUUGGUAGGUUCUCUGAUCAGAUUGCCUCAGUACUUCAGGUGCAAGCCCCCCUCCCUUCCCUCCAGUCCAGGAUGUCCAGGCAACUCUCCCAGCUUCCGACCCCUGACCUGCCAGCUGGUGCAAGCCCACAGUUUGGGAGUUGUACUCAGCCUGCAGGCUCCCUCACUGGGGGCCACGUUAACUCCAUGGCCGGUUUAAAGUCCCUCCUGCAGCAACCCAUGAAGGGAGACCACCGGCUGAAGAAUCCUUGUGACUCAAAAGACAAAGACAGGCUGGACCUAGAUGAGGAUUCUUUGGGAGUGUGCUCCAUGAGGAAUGGCAAUGGGAUAGUCAGCAACAACAGCAGUAACGGCUGUGGAGGUGGCAGUGCUGGAGGAAAUGGUGGCUCGGGCUUCAACCAGUUCCUGGGACCUCUCAUGUGGGAUCGCACCCUGCCUGCAGACGGCGGGCUCUUUCAGCUCCAGUACAUGGACUUGGAGGAGUUUCUGACCGAGAACGGAAUGGGCAGCAUGCACAACAACAACAGCUCCAGCUCGGCCCAGAUCCCCUCACAGAGCUCCCAGUCGGCCGUGCCCAACCAGAGCUCCCAGUGCCUACCGCCCUCGUCGCCGCCUGGAUCUUCGUCCUCGUCGCCCUCUUCCUCGUCUUCGCCAUCUCUCAUUGGCCUGGAGGUGGCCCAGCCGCAGAGUCAAGGAGGAGGAAGCGACUAUCUACAUGGUGGUCAGACGAGUAUGAACGACUCCUGCGAAUCGCCUUCUUCCUCCUCUUCCUCCUCCUGUCCUCCUUUGCUGACGCCCACGGGAAGCGGACCCGAUGGGAUUGGAAUGUUUGAGAUGGAUCAGUCAGACAUGGCCAUGUCCAGCACCUCUGGAGAGCAAGACUUUGACCCCAGAAGGCAUUCCUUCAGCGAGGAAGAGCUGAAACCACAGCCGAUGAUCAAAAAGGCACGCAAGAUCCUGGUGCCUGAUAACAUGAAGGACGAGAAGUACUGGACCAGGAGGUACAAAAACAACGAGGCGGCGAAGCGUUCCCGGGACGCUCGCCGCCUGAAGGAGAACCAGAUUUCGGUGCGGGCCGCCUACCUGGAGCGAGAGAACGCUGCCCUCCGACAGGAAGUGGCCGAGAUGCGGAAAGAACUGGGCCGCUGCCGCAACAUCCUUAGUAAAUACGAGAACCGUCUGGGCGACCAGUGAUGGAGGAAAAAUCAGGAAGAGGAGACAAAUUAAACUUGAGACUCCAAAUUACUGGGAUGGUUUGACGGACUCAAUGAGUUGAAAAUCAUAAAGAGAAGGACACUGACGAUUAAAACGAUGAAUGUAUAAGUCAAGGAAAAGGGUUGUGUACUGAAGCUCAGGUGUCUUGUUUUGUUGAGCUAUUAAAAGUGAUUGAUGGAGAGAGAGAGUAAUUUAACUGAUUAAAAAAAGAUGUGACUUUUAAGGGUUUUGUUAUUGGAGAAUUGUAUAUUUUUAUAAUACUUAAGAAAAAUUUAGAGGGAGAGCAAAUGCAGAGAAUAAUUUUGUAUAUUUUCUACAUGUUUUGGACACAGAGAUGCAGAGAAGCCAUGGUGAACAUCAUUUUCUUUUAGAUGAGUCUGGAGUUGUCAGCCAUUGAUGCUUUAGUCACGAUGCAGCAGCACGGUUGAGGACGUAUGUAAUAAUUUGUAAUAUAGAGAGCAAAAAUUAUCUUAAAAAUCGUAUUGUUGAGCAUUUUGUGGAUUUUUUUCUCGAGCACUUCCUUUUUUUUUUCUUUUUUUUCUGUCACGUAAAGGUCACUGAGCAUGCUCAGUAGAGACAGAAUGAGAGACACAAGGUGUGUUCAGCACUUGUCUUGACCAGGUCUUGUGUUUUUUUUUUUUUCCUUUUUAUCUUUUUAAUAGACAAUUUCACCCUGUCAACUGGUGCAUAUUUCUGAAAUCCGUUUAUAUCUGGAUCUGUUUUUUUACAUUUUUUUUAUUUUUAUUUCUCUCUCUCAGCGCAGUGCUUUGUGAUGUUAUGGAGCCCUGGAUAGUCCUGCUCCUCUGCAUCCUCUUUGAAUCCAUAUAUCCAUGCUUCUAUUUCUGCUUGCUCCCACGGUUAAACUCUUCCCAUACAGUGUUGUAACAUACUCUGAAACCAGCCCCCCACCAGUUAGGCACACACCGAUACUUCACUGUAUUAAAUAAUCACACUAUAGAAGGAGAAACAUUUUGAAUACCCCUCUCCCCCCUGUUGACUGGAAUAGUAUAACAUUUUCCCAGAUUUCUGGGACAAAUAAAAGCCAAGAUUCCCCGUGUGGAUCCACAGAGCUUGUUGCUAUUUAGUGCUUUUUCCCAAUAGCCACCUGUCUGCUUUCUACUGUAUCUAACAACACCUACACAAGGGCAUGGUACACAGUGUUAUUAUGUUCCUGGGGGAGGGUUGACUAGCGAAAGUGUGUGAUUUUAAUCCCUUUAAUGACCAUGAUGGUAGUUACCAUUACAGCUAUUGUUAUUGUUAUAAUUAUGAUGAUUACCCUCUUAUUGUUAUUAUUCUAUAUUACUGAAUGUUUUUCUUUCUUUGGAGAGACAUGAUCUUUUGCAUCUAGAAACAUCUUUUUGAGUGUUCCUCUGAAAUGCUCGCCCUCGGACGUUCACUUCUGCUCCGGACUCCGCCAACACCACCACCGUCUCCUCCGCCCCGGUGGGUUUCACAAACUCGACUCAUGGGCCUGAACGUGACGUUCACGCAGACUUAUUUUACCUUCGUCUUCUGUUUUCGAGCUGCGUAAGGACUGUGCACACGACUGCAAUGCUCCUCGGCGGUUCCUUACGGCCUGUAUCAUCAUCUCACUCAGUGAUUGUUUGCUCUACCCAACGAGAUCCGGUUUCCAAUAUCCUCACAGAUGUGGUUGGUGAGCCUUGUAGUGACUGCUGCAUAAGUAGUGUUCAUGGUGCCCAACCCCUCCUCCCUCUCCCCAGCCAGUCUGAGCUGGCUGGUUUUGGAUGUAGUCGCAACUUCCCAAACAAAACAAAGCAAAAAAACAAAAAAAAAACAAACAAAAAAA